UAACUCAGUUCCUUUUUAUAUAAGGUUAGCUAACUUACAUUUGCUGCUCGAUUCACACAUGCGAGGUUCUAGUAAUGGACCAGUAUCAUAAAGAAGAGACUGCGUUCGUCGUUGAAGAUGUGAGUAAGAUCAUUAAUGAGUCCGUGGAAGCGGCCAUCGGAGGACAUGCCUACCAGCACAACAGAGUAAAGCAGUGGACCACCAUUGUACUGGAGCAGUGCCUCAGUCAACUCAGCAAACUCGGGAAGCCGUUCAAAUAUAUUGUAACCUGUAUCAUCAUGCAAAAAAAUGGAGCAGGUCGGCAAACAGCUAGCACAUGCUUCUGGGACAACAACUCUGAUGGAAGCUGUGCAGUGAAAUGGGAGAACAAGUCCAUGUAUUGUAUCGUUACUGUUUUUGGACUGGCCAUCUGAACUAACUAAUUGUAAUUGAAGUGUUUAAAAUCUGUAAGAAGUUGUGUAUUUUUCAAAACCACCAGGUUAUGUUUGGUCAUGUUGGCUAAAACUGAAUAAACUGUUAUAACUGUGCUGAA